CCCUCAGCUGAACCCGGGGACACUGUACCCCCUUCCCUUCUUCCUCUCCAUACUCAGAUAAAACCACCAACCGCAAACCGCGGGUUUAGGGUUUUCGUCACCCAGCGCAGCGCCCCCAAAUCACCCCGCAACCAACAUCGGUCGAUCGAAAUGGCGGCCGGUGGCGGGCAAGCGCCGGUGUCGUUCCUGACGAAUUUAACCCGGGCGGCGAUCGGCCUCGGCAUCGGCGCCAGCCUCCUGAACGCGUCCCUCUACACCGUGGACGGCGGCGAGCGCGCCGUCCUCUUCGACCGGUUCCGCGGCGUCCUCGACGAGACCGUCGGUGAGGGCACCCACUUCCUGAUCCCCUGGCUUCAGAAGCCCUACAUCUUCGACAUCCGCACCCGCCCCCACACCUUCACCUCCAAUUCCGGAACCAAGGACCUCCAGAUGGUUAACCUCACCCUCCGCCUCCUCUCCCGCCCCGACGUCUCCCGGCUCCCCACCAUCUUCACCUCCCUCGGCACCGAGUACGACGAGAAGGUCCUCCCCUCCAUCGGCAACGAGGUCCUCAAGGCCGUCGUCGCGCAAUUCAACGCCGACCAGCUCCUCACCGAGCGGCCCCACGUCUCCGCCCUCGUUCGCGACGCCCUCAUCCGCCGCGCCCGCGACUUCAACAUCGUCCUCGACGACGUCGCCAUCACCCACCUCUCCUAUGGCGCCGAGUUCUCGCAGGCCGUCGAGAAGAAGCAGGUCGCCCAGCAGGAGGCCGAGCGGUCCAAGUUCCUCGUGGCGCGCGCAGAGCAGGAGCGCCGGGCUGCGGUCAUCCGUGCCGAGGGAGAGAGCGAGGCUGCCAAGCUCAUCUCUGAUGCCACCGCUGCUGUCGGCAUGGGGCUUCUCGAGCUCAGGAGGAUCGAGGCUGCGAGGGAGAUCGCCGCUACGCUCUCCAAGACGCCGAAUGUUGUCUACGUCCCUGGCGGGAACAACAUGCUGCUGGGCCUCAACCCCACCAACAUGGCGUUGGGCCGGUGAUUUCACUCGUUUGUUUUUAGAUGUGCCAGCCUUUUACUGCUACUAUCCCCAUUACUUCCCUUAGAAAUUAGUAACUCAUGGAUAUCAGUCGUCAAAUUUCUUGAGACUUGUGGAAAUAUGAGGAUACUCUGGUUAAAUUUUGAUGGUCAUGGUAAUGUUGACUCGAUGAGUGGGAUCUUGUUUGUUUCGUUGAUGCUGUAAAAUUUAAUCAAAUUUGACAAUUUCUGGAAUAUAUGUUCUUUUGGAUAUGGUUAUGAUAUGCAA